AAGCCCGCCUGUCUUAUCCCUCUAACUUCAUCAUGAUAAUGAUAUUUGUUGGACUAAUGAGGUUUGCCACUGUGGUCUUGGGACUGGUCAGCUUGAAAAAUGUGGCUGUUUCAUUUGCCGAAACGGUGAAGAGCUCGGCUCCCAUCUUUACGGUCAUCAUGUCCAGGAUGAUUUUGGGGGAAUACACCGGCCUGCUGGUAAACCUGUCCCUCAUCCCAGUUAUGGGCGGCCUCGCACUCUGUACAGCUACUGAAAUCAGCUUCAACGUCCUGGGUUUUUCUGCAGCUUUAUCCACUAACAUCAUGGACUGGUGAGACCUAAGA